AUGCCACCUACACUGAGGCCGAUAGAGCCCAAGACCUCUCGAUGGGAGCCGACUCCAGAUCCCUCCGACAUCGUCAUUCCUGGACUUGACACGACCGCGCCUGUGAACGACCAAAUUCAGCAGAUCGAGCAUCUCAUCACACUGCAACUACAGAAAUUAGACGCGAACUUUGCCAAGAUGCAGGACAUCAUGGCGAAUCGCAUCUUGCCGGCUGUGAAGCGAUACGCCGUGGGUACUGAGCCUGUCCGGGAGGCGGCCAAGUUCUGGACGACCUUUUAUGAGCAAGCGGCGCAAAUCCGAGUGCCAACGUAUGAAGACUACAGCUCUCUGCAAGAUCAGCAGGAUCAGGAAGCCGCCACAGGUGAUGAAGGAACGGAAGCAGAGUCUUCCGAUAUGCGUUCAUUGGCAUCAGAAGGAGCAACUACGCCUACUCGACCCAGUCGUACAUUCCAUUCAGAUGAGCCGUCGACCGAAGUGUCAUUCCUGCCGCACGCUGCGCUAUCAUCCACUCCUGCUACAACCAGCCGUCACCGUUCCAACCGCUCGCAGGAUGAUUCAAUCAACCAGAACUCAGAUGCCACACCGUCGUGGACAGCAUCCAUGGAGUCGCCGCUUGUGCGAUUGGACAGGGAGAUCCAGAGCCUGGCUCAGGAGGAUCCCAUCUCUGCUAUUUCUUACAAAUCCGCUGCAUACGACGAGUCGCAGGAUAUCACGCAGCGUCAAAUUCCUCCCCCAGCAUUGGAGGAAGAGGAGCCGCCGGUACGACGAGCACGUAACGGGAAAGGCAAGGCUCGAGAGUCAUCACAGGGUUUGCUCCACGACGUCUUGCGUCGCAACGCUGGUGACGCCGAUUCCUCGAUGGCAAGUCCCGGCAGACAUGUUGUAUCCCCGCUCAAAUUCAAGCCUAAGACGCCGAUCCUCAAGAACAUGAAUCCAUACUUACCGCCCGGGACGAAACCUAACGACUGGACAGGGGUUGUCGACCUCGCCGACCCCACGGUGUCUACACCGAGCAAAGGGUAUGAAUCUCCGUCCUUUUUCGAGCGCACGCUGCGACCUCACAACGUGACGAAACCGAGCACUCCCAGAGCCGCUGGAGACGAUUCGCUGGACAUGGACUACGGCAUGUCUCCUCCUGUUACUAUGGCUUUUGCGCGUCUUCCCCAGCUGGGGCAAACAGCGAAGAAGGAUGCUGCCCAGCGUAUAACGCAGGAUCUGUUGAGCGAUGAACAGCGCGAUGUCUUUGGAGGCUCCAGUGCCAGAUUAGGAGGAACGCAGAAGGCGAGCAGAGUCGAGUCAAGUGCAAGCACACUUAUCACUCCGCCAUCACUAUCUCGUUAUACGCGCCCAGAGGUGGCUUCUGAGUCAAGUACAAGCGACCACGACAUCGAUAGCAUGAUACGGAGAAUUGGGCUGGAGAUUCCAGGUUUUGCAACUGCGGACACGGGUAGAGGAGGUGGAAGCGCCAUGUCUCAGAAUACGGCUUCUGAACCAUAUAGCAAGCCGGGACAAUCUUCAGCCUCGAUUCACUACUCUGAAUCAAGGGCUACGGCACGUCCGUCUGUCGAUUCUCCUGCAGGAGCGAAGCUACAAACUCCUGUGCAGUUCUCAUUCCACCCACGAUAUCUGCAGGACGAUGAAUUGCAGCAGAAUCUGCAAGAUGACGAUGAUUCCAUGGACUCGCUCGACAACGAGGAUCAGGCCAAUCCGUCGCCGGCUUUUUUUGUACAUGCGCAGCAAGACGAUUCAUUCGAUGACGAUGACGAUGAUUCCUUCGAAAUGGAUAAUGAAGCUGUUGGGGGAGGAAACAUGGUGCACGCAUUCCUGCAUGGCCCGGACACUGGAGACGGCUUCGACGAUGACUCAUUCGAUGAUAUGGACUCCAAUAACGAACCUGAGGAAGAGACAGUCUUCGGGGUGCCCCCGGCGCAGCGAUUGCAGAUAGAACUGCAGCGAAAUGAGGACUACAACUUGAGGAUGAUGGGUGCGAACGUACUGCAGGACACGAUAGGCAUCAGUCACCAGAUGGCGCAGGCUGGGAUGGUGGAUGAGACGCCUACACCUUACACGACGAACAGAUAG